UCGCAUAUGUUCAAACACUGGGAUGACUCUCCCCAUUGAAGACCUAUCUGGACGUUGAAGAUACUUGUCGUAGAUGGGGUGAAUUUUGGCAAACGAUAAUUUUUGCAACAUAUUAGAGCUGUACAAUCUGGACCGAAGCGAUUGAUUGGCACAGUCGCAGUCGAGAUCGAUCGUUGGUGUCGUGCGGAGUUCUAGUCCCGUCAGUGCGCUGAAUCUGUGAUUUUCUGUCAAGAAACAAAAUGGUCUCAUCCGGCGUAUGUCUGCUGCUACUGGCCAGCUUUCACCUAGCUUUGACUGCACCAACUCGACGACGACAAGCAACGGAAGGAUGUCCGCGGAGUUUAUCGGAUUUGAGCGAUUGCGUUGGGAACUCGAUACAGCACUAUGUAAACUUCAUGGCCAGCGGGAAGCUAUCUCCGAAGGUAUCCGUGACGCCAUUCGAUCCUCUGUUACUCCCAAAUAUGACAAUCACCCAUCAGAGCAAAGAGUUCACGGCAGUUUUCGUCAAUCGGUAUCUAGUAGGAUUGAAGAACAGCUUCGUUCAUGAUACCAGUGUUGAUCUCAGUCAGAAAGAACUAAGUCUCACCCUCCUGAUGCCUGCUUUGGAACUGCUCGGGAUGUACUCAACCGAAUCCAUCGAGAACCACGAUGCGACGGAGAAUACAAUCCUGACAAUUUCCAUCAGGAGUUCAACGGCAAAGUUCCGGGCUCAAGGUGAGCUGUAUAAAUCAGCAUCCGGUAUCGAGCACAUACGCCUCAACGUAACAGACAUCGAUCUGGUGAUGGGUCACUACAUGAUCAACGAUAUGGACCACAGCACUCACAUUCCGCGGUCGAACCGACACUUUGACAGUGUCUCACGGCCCGAAUUUGUUAAGCUGAUUGAAAAAGACCUCCGAGUGCAGCUUGGCUUCCGACUGCAGCACAUUGCUAACGAAGUGUUUGCGCUGGCACCAUACGAAAAGCUCUUUCCUGUAUGAUAUCGUACCAAGACGGCCCCAAUAAAGCACUGAGAAAAAUAACAA